AUGAGCGGGAAGAGGCAGGGGAAGACUCGCAAUCCUGCUUGGAAUCACUUCAUCAAGCUCGAAGAAGACUUGUCUGCGGGCGGCAUCCUCGUCGAGGCAAAGUACAACACUAUACACUACAAAGCCUGGUGCAAGCCGGAAUUUGAGCGUCGCUUGCGGGCUUUGGAGGUGCAGGAAGGCGUAGCAGGGACUCGGGGGGCUUCGUCGCUGCUGUCGAGCGAAGAUGCCAGGAGGCGAAAGGCGACAGUGCUGGCAGACAUGUCUUGGAUACCCGGUCGUCCGAAGGAGAACCUAGCGCCGCACGUCGCCGAGUGCAAGGAGACCCAGUCGUUGUCCUCCGUCAAACCCUCGAAAGCCGACUUGCCCGACCGGAGAAUCACCCUGCACUUCGUACGACGUCGUUUCACCGAUGCGGAGUAUCAAGAGUUCAAGCGCGACGUACUGGAAGUCGUCGUGGGAACCAACACGCCGUUCUCCUGGGUGGAUCAUCCGCUGGUUCGACGAUGGGUCGCGAAAUGGAUCGGCGCAAAGCUCCCGACGCGCAACACGCUCACCGGCACGCUCUUGCGUCGAGCGGUCGACGAGUUGAACGUGGCGGUCGGAAAGAACGUCAGGGGAAAGAUGGCGACGCUGACGUUCGAUGGGUGGAACAACAUCAAGCGUCAGCACCUUGUCGCCUUCGUCCUCACGGUGGACGGCGUCUCGUACACCGUCGCCGUCGAAGACACCUCAAGCGAGAAGAAGGGCGGAGCCGAAGCGUACGCCUUGCUCGUCAAGCAUCUCGAGGCUGUUCAGGCGAAGUACGGCGUCGUCGUCGUCGGAGUGUGCACGGACUCGGGGUCGGACUGCGCAUGGGCACGAGGUCAGCUCCUCAAGACGAUGCCGACGAUCAUCGUCGUCCCCUGCUACGCGCACCAGAUCAACCUCGUCGUUGGCGAUCUGUUCAAGAAGCGCAACGGCGAGACGUCGAUGUUCAAGACUGUCGCGGACGAGAUCAUCAAGGUGGUCAGCUGGUUUUGCGAACACUCCCGCGCAUACGCCAUGCUCCGCAACGCCCAGAAGAAGAAGGGGUUCCCGCGCAUCCUUGCCCUCGUCUACCCCGUGGCAACCCGCUGGUCUUCGCAACAUGCGUGCGCCGCCCGACUCCUCGAGGUCAUGAAACCGAUGCGCACCUUGUUGAUCGACGACCGCGAAAGGCUUCUUGCCGCCGGCGGAACGGGGAAGGAUGCGCAGGAUAAGGCGGAGGGCGUUCUGAAGCUUGUUGCCGACGAUGCAUUCUGGAAACGGGUCGAAGGCCUCGUCAGCAUCCUGCAGCCGCUCGCGGUGGCCGCCAACAUUGCGCAGGCGACGAGUUGCCGCCUCGACCAGGUGUUCCUCCUCUUCGGCCGGCUGUUCCUCCAGUACCGCCAGGUCCAGCAGCGCGAGGAGGCGAGCGAGGACACUUCGCUCCUUGUCAGCGAGGGGGCGACGCGCAUCAUCUCGUCCCUCGAGUCGCGAUGGAUCAAGGCGGAUCAGGAAGUCUUCCUCGUCGCCGCCCUGCUCAACCCCUUCUUUGGCCGUACACGUCUCCCCUUCUCCGCCGUCGCGCACCAGUGGGCCGGCGACACCCUCCUCUCGAUCCUCAAGCGCCUCUCUACGACGCCUGGCAGGAGUACCGAUGCGAGGGGCGCCUUUGCGGACCACCUGUUGGAGAUUGAGGAGUUGCGUCAGCAGGCUGAACGGAAGAAUGCGUCGCCGAAUCCUGUCGAUGUCUGGCUCGUUUACGUUGGCACGCACGGCGAAACCUCGAUCGCUCGCCUCGCGUUGCGAGUCCUCGCGGUCGUUCCCAACACCGCGGCGAACGAGCGCGUGUUCUCCGCCUGGAGCCUGAUCCACACGAAGACUCGCAACCGACUCGGCCACGACCUCGUCAUGGACGCCGCACGCCUGCGCGCUCACCUCCUCGACAAUCUGCCGCAGCGGUCGAGGCAGAAGCGCGAGACAGCGCCGAAUGGCGCUCCGUCCCCUUCGCCGCUCCUCUCCACGCGCGCUGCUGCUGCCGUAUCUUCGUCCAUCGCCGAGAUUGAUGUCGACGACCUCCUCGAUCUCGACGCGACCAUCGAGAACGUGGCCCGCUCGUGGUUCCGUCGCGAGCUCGAGGCAGAGGAGCAGCAGUUCGAGGAGGAGGACGCACUGCUCGGAUCCGCCAAGUUGACCCUUGAAGACAUCUUCAAGGACGACAAACGGCUUGAGGAGGUGCGAGCGACGGUGCGAGCGAGGUGGGCGGAGGGCGAGGCGGCGAUGGAAGCUGAGGCGGCGCAAUUCGAGUCGGUGUCGGCUGAAGGCGGUCCGAGUGAGGUGGUGGAGUUGGGUAAGCGGCAGCACGAGGAGAUUGUGCUGAGCGAUGACGACGACGAGGAAGAGGCGUGGGAGACGAUCGGCUGA